AUGAAAGGAUGUUUCAUGCAAAGGAUUCAGGAAAGGUUUAAGAGGAUUGUGCCUGAAGGUGUACUGGUGCAAGGGCAUCAACUGUUUUGGUGGCUGAAAAGUGGACUUGUACUGUUCAUAUUUACUUCCGACACCAUGGAGGGCCUGCGAGAAGAGGGGUGUCCGGAGUGGCGCUGCGAAUUCACGUACGACAGAGCCCGACUCGCCGAGGCGGACGCCGUCCUCUUCCCUGCCCAACAGUUCGGCAGUCACCCGGCGCCGCAGCGGCCGUCGCAGCGCUGGGUGUGGGUGGACGUAGAGUCUCCGAUGUCUGGGCCUGGCAAGCGGACGCUGACCAUACUUCGUGUUCACAGGAUGAGUCCUCUUGUGAACUGGACCAUGACUUACCAUUCUAAUUCCGACAUCAUGGCUUUCUAUGGUUAUUUUCGGUCACUGAAUACCUUUCAGCAGCCUCUGCGUCCGAACUUCAUCGAAAACCACCAGAUGGCUCUGUCGCAGUACCUAAGCGCCAUGGCCAAGGGCAUGACCCUGGAAGACCUGAUGGGGCCAUCCUGGAGGAGCUUCGUGGAAAGACCUCAGGUGGUGGCCUGGAUGUCCAGCCACUGCGGGACACUCUCGAAGCGGGAGGACUACGUGCAGGAGCUUUCAAACUACGUGCCAGUGGGCAGGUAUGGCCGCUGCGGGCAGAGGUGUGGCGGAAGGUGCUGGGUGGACAUCCUGAGCCGUAACUACACGUUCUACAUGGCGCUGGAGAACAGCUGGUGCGACGAGUACGUGACGGAAAAGCUGUACAUGCCUCUCGCCAACUUCCUGAUCCCGGUGGUUUGGGGAGCUUCAAACUAUAGCAAGAUUUUACCCCCAAAUUCCUACAUCGACGCUCGAGAUUACCACCCAAAGCAACUGGCUCAGUUGCUGGUUCAACUCCGGGAGAACCCUGUGGCGCUGGGCAGGUGCGUCGGCGCAGUCGCUUCUUGAGGGCGGCCGGGCAUUUGCAC